AUAAUAGUUAGGUCCCUGACAUGACCUAUUAUCCCCCCUAAUGUUUACCACCUUUAUAAUAGUUAGGUCCCUAACUUGACCUAUUAUCUCCCCUAAUGUUUACCAGACCGUUAUAUUGGUUAGGUCCCUAACUUGACCUAUUAUCUCCCUAAUGUUUACCACCUUUAUAUUAGUUAGGUCCCUGACAUGACCUAUUAUCUCCCCUAAUGUUACCAGACCUUUAUAUUGGUUAGGUCCCUAACUUGACCUAUUAUCUCCCUAACGUUUACCAUCUACCUCCUCAUCAGUGUCAUCACUAGUACAUGUCAAAAUAUAAUCCCCUGGAUCACAAGAUAUUAACACAAACACUAUGUACAAUAAAAUGCCAUACCUGUGAUUUUACCUAUUAAUAAGUACCAUAUACUCAAUUUCGAUUUAAUAUUUGCCAAAAGUGACGAUUCAAUUGAGCAGAUUUCACGGUGAUUUUUUUUACAAUAACUCAUUGCAGCUGUGUCCAAACUGUAUCAAGUGUAUAGACAUGACACAAAUGAAUUUUUUAUACAAGAAUAAAUAUGUUUCAGUGCUCUGAAAUUUUUCUGAUCUCUAUAUAUUAUCGCUAAAUCCUUAAAAUAUGUCAGAAUUAAAAGCUGUUAAUCAUAUAUUUAUAAGAAAUGGACAGAAUCCCACGGCAGUAUACAGGGACCUGGCUUUGGUUUUAGGGUGGACCCAUAAUAGGCCCAUAUAUAAUCUUCAAAACAUAAUCUACUGAUCUAUCUGGUUGUUAUGUCUGAAACCAAGUAUAUGGCUAUACCUUAAACCUUUGGCCAGGAUAUACUCCGAAGGUGUAGAGAAGCAAGGUAAAAUGAGCAAAACCCUUGGCUUUUUAUGAUAUUGAAUUCUUUAAUUCAAGGCCUAGUUUCAUCAAUAUUCCUUAAGUUAAGGAAACUCUCGAACGGAAGUUUUCCCAUAGGAAAGCCUUACAGAAGUUAGGGAAGCUUAGGAAAGCCUUACAGAAGUUAGGGAAGCUUAGGAAAGCCUUACAGAAGUUAAGGAAGCUUAUGAAAGCCUUACAGAAGUUAGGGAAGCUUAGGAAAGCCUUACAGAAGUUAGGGAAGCUUAGGAAAGCCUUACAGAAGUUAAGGAAGCUUAGGAAAGCCUUACAGAAGUCAGGGAAUCUUAGGAAAGCCUUACAGAAGUUAGGGAAUCUUAGGAAAGCUUUACAGAAGUUAAGGAAGCUUAGGAAAGCCUUACAGAAGUUAAGGAAGCUUAGUAAAGCCUUACAGAAGUUAGGGAAUCUUAGGAAAGCCUUACAAAAGUUAAGGAAGCUUAGGAAACAUUUACAGAAGUUAAGGAAGCUUAGGAAAGCCUUACAGAAGUUAGGGAAUCUAAGGAAAGCCUUACAAAAGUUAAGGAAGCUUAGGAAAGCCUUACAGAAGUUAGGGAACCUUAGGAAAGCCUUACAGAAGUUAGGGAAUCUUAGGAAAGCCUUACAGAAGUUAAGGAAGCUUAGUAAAGCCUUACAGAAGUUAGGGAAUCUUAGGAAAGCCUUACAGAAGUUAGGGAAUCUUAGGAAAGCCUUACAGAAGUUAGGGAAUCUUAGUAAAGCCUUACAAAAGUUAAGGAAGCUUAGGAAACAUUUACAGAAGUUAAGGAAGCUUAGUAAAGCCUUACAGAAGUUAAGGAAGCUUAGUAAAGCCUUACAGAAGUUAGGGAAUCUUAGGAAAGCCUUACAAAAGUUAAGGAAGCUUAGGAAACAUUUACAGAAGUUAAGGAAGCUUAGGAAAGCCUUACAGAAGUUAGGGAAUCUAAGGAAAGCCUUACAAAAGUUAAGGAAGCUUAGGAAACAUUUACAGAAGUUAAGGAAGCUUAGGAAAGCCUUACAGAAGUUAGGGAAUCUAAGGAAAGCCUUACAAAAGUUAAGGAAGCUUAGGAAAGCCUUACAGAAGUUAGGGAACCUUAGGAAAGCCUUACAGAAGUUAAGGAAGCGUAGUAAAGCCUUACAGAAGUUAGAGAAUCUUAGGAAAGCCUUACAGAAGUUAGGGAAUCUUAGGAAAGCCUUACAGAAGUUAGGGAAUCUUAGGAAAGCCUUACAAAAGUUAAGGAAGCUUAGGAAACAUUUACAGAAGUUAAGGAAGCUUAGUAAAGCCUUACAGAAGUUAAGGAAGCUUAGUAAAGCCUUACAGAAGUUAGGGAAUCUUAGGAAAGCCUUACAAAAGUUAAGGAAGCUUAGGAAACAUUUACAGAAGUUAAGGAAGCUUAGGAAAGCCUUACAGAAGUUAGGGAAUCUAAGGAAAGCCUUACAAAAGUUAAGGAAGCUUAGGAAACAUUUACAGAAGUUAAGGAAGCUUAGGAAAGCCUUACAGAAGUUAGGGAAUCUAAGGAAAGCCUUACAAAAGUUAAGGAAGCUUAGGAAAGCCUUACAGAAGUUAGGGAACCUUAGGAAAGCCUUACAGAAGUUAGGGAAUCUUAGGAAAGCCUUACAAAAGUUAAGGAAGCUUAGGAAACAUUUACAGAAGUUAAGGAAGCUUAGUAAAGCCUUACAGAAGUUAAGGAAGCUUAGUAAAGCCUUACAGAAGUUAGGGAAUCUUAGGAAAGCCUUACAGAAGUUAGGGAAUCUUAGUAAAGCCUUACAGAAGUUAGGGAAUCUUAGGAAAGCCUUACAGAAGUUAGGGAAUCUUAGUAAAGCCUUACAGAAGUUAAGGAAGCUUAGGAAAGCCUUACAGAAGUUAAGAUUUUUUUUCUUAAAUACAUUAUGUAAUGCUUUCCUAUAGACACUUUUAAGUUGAGGAAUAUCUUUUAAGUUAUGGAAUAUUAAUGAAACCAGGGCCAGGUAUGAGAAACAAUGGAGACAUUGUCAUUGCUGGAUUGUACUACAGUCCUACAACUUCUGUUUAUGUUUUGUACCAAUAUGUUCUUGUCAUGAUAUUUUUAUACUGUUAAAUAAAUAAUUAAUUGAUUAUA